CUUCAUUCUUCCUUCCGUCCCCAUAAACUCACUCUGUUCUGCACCAGGCUUCACACUCAAACUAGAACACCACAGUUCAGCUUCCUCUUCCGUCCGUUAAGAAAGUACCUCUCUACCUUUACUUCAACAAGUGAUGCGUGUGUCAGCACGGAGGGUGUUAACAGGGCUCCUGAUCCUGGGUGGAAUCUCCACCCUGACCCAGUUCCUGCGUUUCUGUCUACCCUGCCGGCAGCCAUCCCAGGGUGCGGGCGAACCUGUGACCGUGCUGGUCCGGGACGGGUGGAGGGUCAGUUCUGACGUUCCCCUGGUGUUUGUGGGAGGGGUGCCUCGCUCCGGGACCACCCUGAUGAGGGCCAUGCUGGACGCCCACCCUGCGGUGCGGUGUGGGGAGGAGACGAGGGUUGUGCCCAGGAUACUGGGCCUUAAGCUGGGCUGGGCUGCUGAGAAGGAGGGGGUCAGCACCAAGGUCCUGGACCGAGCGGUCACUGCCUUCCUCCUUCAAAUCAUAGCAGGACAUGGGGAGCCAGCACCUCUACUCUGCAAUAAAGACCCCUUUACUUUGAAGAGCGCUAAGUACCUCGCUCACCUUUUUCCCAACUCUAAGUUCCUGCUGAUGCUGAGAGAUGGCCGAGCGGCGGUGUACUCUAUGAUUUCACGUCGCGUGACGAUCGGUGGCUUUGACCUCUCCAGCUAUAGGGACUGCCUGGCCAAGUGGAGCGGAGCCACACAGGCCAUGCUGACACAGUGCACUCAGGUGGGCAGUAAGAGGUGCCUGGCUGUGAGGUAUGAGAGGCUGGUCCUCCACCCUCGCUCCACCCUGCAGACAGUGCUAAAGUUCCUGGGUCUGCCGUGGCACGAGGGGGUUCUGCACCAUGAAGAGGCUAUAGGAAAACCUGGAGGAGUCUCACUGUCAAAAACGGAACGGUCCACAGACCAGGUGAUGAGGCCAGUGAACUUAGACGCUCUGACUCGGUGGGUAGGUCACAUGCCCCCAGACGUAAUGGCAGACAUGGACGCUAUCGCCCCCAUGCUGGGGAGACUAGGCUACGACCCCAGAGCCAACCCACCUAACUACGGACAGUCUGACCCACAGUUCCUCAACAACACACAAAGGGUACGAACACACACACACACAGGUUUUUGCUGAUGUUAACCUUAUGUCCUCUCUCUGUAGCUUCUGAGGGGAGACUUUAAAACUCUGUAGCAAGCCUACAUCAGAAAGGACGUCCCCUGGUGAGUCUAACAGAAAAACCACCUAUCCUCAAUGUCUAGGCGACUGAUAAGUGUUGGUUCUGUCUACAUCCUUCUUUAGAUGUCCAUGAAAGGUUCACAGACAGAGAGGUGACAGGGUCAGCGCCUGGAACAACGGUCAACGCUGACCUAUGACCCCUGAUUAUCCUCUCAAAGAAGACAACAGCAUCAACCAAAAGGCUGCUGGCUAAGCACCAAGCACAGUCAGAGGGCAUAACCAUGCAUGUGCUCUAGACCUCAUUGAUAGGAAGAAGUGAUGUACAAUGGAGAAAAGUAUAUUAUAUUGUUUCUUCACAUUUCCAAAAUGUGUUUCCUUACCUGAAUAGGUUCUUCCACUGCCUCCAUUUUUUGGGGGUCCUGACAAAAACAAAAUAAUGGCCAAUCUUCACUAUAUUUUGGGUGAUAUCAAAGUGCCGCCAGCAGCCAUGUGGAUGAAUGGAGACAAGGGAAAAAAUAGGCUCUUUGAGAAUCCAAGAAUGAAUUACUUACACAAUCGUCUCUAACAUGUAGGCUCAGCAUUCCUGAACAAUACAAUUACAAGUCAGAAUGUUGAAUAAACUUAUUUUUAACUUA